AUGGGAUCCUUGCUGUCUGGAGUGUGUGUGGUAUGUGCUGAGUCCAGCCUCUCUCCCACAGGCCUGGUGAAGCUGGGAAUCCAUUGUGUCAUCUGCCGGAAGGUAGCCAUCAAAAUGGUCAACCGUGAGAAGCUCAGUGAGUCGGUACUGAUGAAGGUGGAGCGGGAGAUUGCCAUCCUGAAGCUCAUCGAGCACCCACAUGUCCUGAAGCUGCACGACGUCUACGAAAACAAAAAAUAUUUAUACCUGGUGCUAGAACAUGUGUCUGGGGGGGAGCUGUUUGACUACCUGGUGAAGAAGGGGCUGCUGACCCCCAAGGAAGCCCGCAAGUCCUUCCGACAGAUCAUCUCUGUGUUGGACUUCUGCCACAGCCACUCCAUAUGUCACAGAGACCUGAAACCAGAAAACCUGCUUCUGGACGAGAAGAACAACAUCCGCAUGGCGUCCCUGCAGGUGGGCAACAGCCUGCUUGAGACAAGCUGCGGAUCCCCACACUAUGCCUGUCCAGAGGUGAUUCGCAAGACUCAGCUCAGCUGCCUCCCCUCACACCCACCACAUCAGACCCACCACCUCACAGCCAUCCUCACACCCACCUCCUCACACCCACCACCUCACCCCCACCAACUGACACCCACCUCCUCAAACCCACCAACUCACGCCCACCUCACACUCACCACCUCACACCCACCACCUCACACCCACCUUCUCACACCCACCCUCACACCCACCACCUUGCUGGUGGGGGCACUGCCCUUCAAUGAUGACAACCUGCGGCAGCUGCUGGAAAAGGUCAAGAGGGGCGUGUUCCACAUGCCGCACUUCAUCCCUCCCGACUGCCAGAGCCUACUUCGUGGCAUGAUUGAGGUGGAUGCGGCACGGCACUUCACGGUACAGCACAUUCAGAAACACAUAUGGUAUAUAGGAAGCAAGAACAAGCCAGAGCCAGAGCAGCAUCCCAGCCUGGAGGACAUCAACCCCGACGUGCUGGACAGCAUGCACUCACCAGGCUGCUUCCGAGACCGAAACAAGCUGCUACAGGACCUGCUGUCUGAGGAGGAAAACCAGGAAAAGAUGAUUUAUUUCCUCCUCCUGGACCCGAAAGAAAGGUAUCCCAGCCACGAGGACGAGGACCUGUCCCCCAGGAAUGAGAUAGAUCCUCCCCGGAAGCAUGUGGACUCCCCAAUGCUGAACUGACAUGGCAAGCGGAGACCCGAGCGCAAAUCCAUGGAAGUGCUCAGUGUGACAGAUGGCAGUUCCCCAGUGCCCGCACGGAGAGCCAUUGAGAUGGCCCAGCGUGGCCAGAGGUCUCGGUCCAUCAGCAGUGCCUCUUCAGGCCUUUCAACGAGUCCACUCAGCAGUCCCCGGGUGACCCCUCACCCCUCACCGAGGGGUAGCCCCCUUCCUACCCCCAAAGGGAUGCCUGUCCACACACCAAAGGAGCCAGCCUGCACACCUAACCCCACACCAUGGUCCAGCCCCAGCGUUAGAGGGGUGCCCUGGUGGACGCAACUCAACUCCAUCAAGAACAGCUUCCUGGGCUCACCCCGCUUCCACCGCCGGAAACUGCAAGUUCCCACACCAGAGGAGACGUCCAACCUGACGCCAGAGUCCUCUCCAGAGCUGGCCAAGAAAUCCUGGCUCGGGAACUUCAUCAACCUGGAGAAGGAGGAGCAGAUCUUCGUGGUGAUCAAGGACAAGCCCUUGAGCUCCAUCAAGGCUGACAUUGUUCACACCUUCCUGUCGAUCCCCAGCCUCAGCCACAGCGUCAUCUCCCAGACAAGCUUCCGGGCUGAAUAUAAGGCAACGGGGGGCCCAGCUGUGUUCCAGAAGCCCGUCAAGUUCCAGGUGGACAUCACCUACACAGAGGGUGGCGAGGCCCACAAGGAGAAUGGCAUCUACUCAGUCACGUUCACCCUGCUGUCGGACCCCAGCCGCCGUUUCAAGAGGGUGGUAGAGACCAUCCAGUCCCAGCUGCUGAGCACCCAUGACCAACCAUCAGCCCAGCACCUGUCAGACACCACUAACUGUAUGGAAGUGAUGACGGGGCGGCUUUCCAAAUGUGACGAGAAGAACGGGCGGGCGGCCCAGGCCCCCAGCACACCCGCCAAGGGGAGUGCCGACGGCCCCUGGGGUGACUCCGCGGCCGCUGGCCCUGGAGGGGACACCGAGUACCCAAUGGGCAAGGACAUGGCCAAGACGGGGCUGCCCACCGUGAGCAGCCUUAGACACUGGUCCCUCCCCAACACAGCACAGCACUGA